UGAUUCGAACGAGCAACGAAACUCGUUGCCGUUCCGUAUGGGAUACAACUUACCGUUCACAAUAAUAAUCGUGGUUCAACGUUCUCCGUCGAUACGAUAGUUGCUCGCGGAUAGUAUCUUAACCUCUCUCUCUCUCUGAACUAUUAAAUGUUUCCGAAUAAAACGUGACAUUAGAUAUUCUCCAAAUGGCUGAUGUAACGUGUUUCGAAACAGCCGGAGAAGAUUAUACAUAAUUUCCUGUUUCCGCGUUAUGUUAUUACGUAGUUGAAUAGCAGAAAGUACAGAUGGUAAAACUAAAAGUAACGCGUUAAUGAUUUCCUCCUAUAUAAUUAUUGAUUGUUCCGUAUUGCUCGCCACGGUUAAAAGGAUCGACGCGUUCCGGCACAACCUGUUGUCGCAUAUAUAUAUAGUACAUGGCAAAUUUGGAGAACUUGAAGUCGAUAUGGAAGAAGGCAGAUGCAGUUACCUUCGAUGUUGAUUCCACGGUGAUCCAAGAAGAAGGAAUCGAUGAACUCGCAAAAUUUUGUGGCAAAGGGGAGGAGGUCGCUGCCCUAACGAAACGAGCAAUGCAGGGACACGUUACGUUUCGACAAUCUUUGACUGACCGAUUGAACAUUAUAAAUCCGAAUUUUGCACAAGUAAACCAAUUUCUACAAUCGCAUCCGCCAAAACUCUCACCUGGCAUCGAAAAUCUGGUAACAGCCCUUCGAGCGCAUAAAAAACAAGCGUUUCUAAUUUCUGGUGGCUUUCGUUGUUUAAUCGCACCAGUUGCAGCAGCGCUUAAUAUACCGUUAGAAAAUGUGUUUGCCAAUAAACUAAAAUUCUAUAUCACGGGAGAAUAUGCUGGAUUUGAUGAGAAUCAACCCACCAUAGAAAAUGGAGGUAAAGCAAAAGUAAUAGAAUUCCUCAAAGAUAAAAGGGGAUUUAAAUCUGUUGUUCAUAUUGGGGACGGUGUAACAGAUUUAGAAACUGUUCCAGUAGUAGAUUUAUUUAUAGGAUAUGGAGGGAUUGUAGUUAGGGAAAGUGUACGAUUAGGGUCUUCAUGGUUUGUUACCAAUUUUGAUGAACUUUUGAAUGCCUUAUAGAAAUGUACGGUAUUACAUCAUGCAACAAAUCCUUAUCUUAUUUGUCAGUAAAAUCUAA